AUGAAAGAGAGAGGCAAAGCUGUGGAAGCUUUUAACAACGAUUUCUCAGAAUUCAACUUCUCAGCCGCAUCAGAAAUCCCAUGCAAGAAACACCCGAGUUCAUCGUCUGUGGGAAUCUGCGCUUACUGCCUCAAAGACAGGCUUGUGAAACUGGUUUGCUCCGAGUGUGGGGAGCAGCGUCUUUCUUCCUGCUCUUGCUCUGAUGUCUCCUCUUCGUAUCGCAAUUCUUGUAGCACGAUGGAAGUGGGGAGUGUUGGCCGGGUCUCAUUUCUGAUAGAGAAUGAGAAGAUUGAUUCCCAACAAAGUAACAAUCCAAAUCCCAAGUCUAAAAGAGGAGAAGAGAAGGCGGAACAAGUCAUAUUUCUCAGGAGGAGCAGCAGCAGCUGUGUGGAGGUCAAGAAAAGCAAUGGUUUUUGGAGGAUUAAGAGGUUAUUCAAGAAGAAAAGAAACAAGGGGUCUGAGAAAAACGGUGAAUUUUCUGAUGAGAAAAGUGAGAUUUGGGUUUCUGAUGUUAUGGGUGUGUCUAGGUCUAGAUCACUCUGCAGUUUCAGGGGUGGUGGUGGGCACAACGAUCUUGAUGAAGGCAGUGAAUAUCGCUUCUCUAGUGCCAAGAUUUCUGAUGUAACUAGUGGGAUCUUUCUUGAUUCUGAUAAGCAAUGUGGGUUCUACAGCGAAUCUGAACCGAGAAAAAGUGGUUUUAGAGGCUUUUUUGAUGCUGACAAUGGUGUUGAUUUCAAAGGGGGUAGAAGGGGUGGCGGCCAAACUCUCAUUGAUCUUGAUAGAGUUCACAGGAGUGUUUUUCCAGCCAAGGAAAGUGAUUUCAGCGCCAUGGAUGAGUCUGCUUUCAUUGAUUUGAAGCUUGAUUUGUCGUCUGAAUCGAAGCAAGAACUAUCUGCUGCUAGAAUCAGUGGAGCUUCUGAUCAUGGUGUUAGCUUCAAAAGUGAGAGUUUUGAGACUGGAGGAAGUCUUGCAAAUAUGAAAAGUAAUGGGGUUUUAGGGAAUGGUGGUGGCUCUUGCCGGAUCACGGUGAAUGAAAGAGGAUUGAAAAGGGGUAGCAGUAGCCACAAGGUCUGGAAAUGGAUUUUUAAGUAUCAUCCAGCAAACAAGAACAAAGAGAGCAACAGUUUGAAAUCUUGCAAUCAUGUUUGA